CUGUGGUGGGAAUGCGGGUCAAGGCUUUUGGUGUUUUGAUUUUUGAUAUUUUUGUAUUUAAAUAAGAAUACGCAUUGCUAAAAGGAUUCAGACAUUUUGGCACUUUUAUAUGCACUAGAAUACAUACAACAUAAAGCGAAAACGUAAUAUUCGAUAUGAUAUUUUAUUAAUGGGAAUAUUUACUUUGCAUGUCAAGAAAAAUAAGCACUAGAUUAAUUUCUAAACCAGGUUUGAGGUUAUCCAGAUAAGAUACCGUUAAGUACUGUGAAAAACUGAAAGACAUAAACAGGAAACCCGAGAAUUACACGUAUGAUUAAUUCUAUUCGGCAAUAAAUGAGUGAUAUCAGUAAAAUUCCCAUAGAGGAAAGAAAUGUUUAAAUUUUGUAUGUCCCCCAAAAAUGAAGACUGUAGCUGGAAAAGUUGUUGUUUUGGGGCACCAGGGAGUUGGUAAAACUUCGACAGUUAUGAGAUAUGUAGAAGAUACCUUUGCUGCACAUAUUGCUCCCACGGUAGGUGCUUCGUUUUUUACUUGUAGGCUAUGCAUUAAAGACGUUAUAGUUAAAAUGCAAGUGUGGGACACGGCAGGUCAAGAACGAUUUAAAGCUAUGGCACCAAUGUUCUACAGGAAUGCCAAUGCCGCCCUAUUGGUGUUUGACUUAACCUCAUAUAAGUCAUUUGAAGAUAUGAAAGGCUGGGUGCAAGAAUUAAAGCGAAAUGUUGAAGAAACUAUAAUUUUGUGCGUCGUAGGUAAUAAACUUGAUCUGCCCAAUUUGAGGGAGGUACCUAGAGAUGAAGCACUGCAAUAUUCGAAAAGUAUUGGUUCCUCAUACCAUGAGUGUUCAGCAAAAACUGACCAAGGUGUCAGGCUGGUGUUUGAGGAUAUAGCCCGAUGUCUUAUUAAACUUGUCGGACAAAACGCACGGACGUUGCAAGUGUAUGACGAUGGGGAAGGCUUGAUGGCCAAAUCAAGUCAGUUAGAGGCGACUGACACUGCAAGAGAGGAGACUGUUAAUCUUAGUAUUAGUAAUAUAGCUCAUGGAAAAUCCGUGAGGCAAAAAUGUUGUUGAGUUCUUUUUUUGUACACAUUGUUUUUACAUAAAAACAAACACUCUUACGCAACCUGUAAAGUUUAUAUUAAAGGGGGAUUAGAAAAUAGUAACUAUUUGUUUGAGCUCAUUUUUCUGCAUUUUAAAAACUGAUUUUUUAGCAUAGGUUAACAAAAAAAGGUUCAGACAGGUUGUGAUAAGUUUAAGGUGGAAACUAGCUUUCUUAUGUUGUUUUUCAAAUGACAAUAAUUUUUCAUAAAAUUUUUACUGUUUUUGAAAUUUCAUAUAUUUACCCACCGCCCGUUUUUGUUUAAGACAUUUUUGUUUAAGCAUUUUUUUUUCUAAUAUUAAAAAUGAGUUUUGACUGUUAGUGGUUUUUUGAAUUUUUUAUUCCGUUUUUGUAGU